GUCUUUUUUUAAUCGGUUCAUUCUGGAGCCAGCUGAACCACCUGUUACAAUCAACACAUCAACACAGAAAUUUCAUCCUGUGUUGGAUGAAGGAUUUUAGAGGUGCUGCAGUCAAAACCCAAACCCCCCAACUGUCAUCAAACGCCAUCCAGCUAUCAAACAUGGCACGUUUUUCAUACGCCGCUGAAUCUUGAAUGAUCCUGGGAGAUUUACAGUAGCAUAAGUCAAAACAACUCAUGUAAUGUUUACAGGCAGAUCAUCCCGGGCUUAUUCACUCAGCAUCAGCUCUAUUUAGCGUCUGAGUAAAUGCUAGGUAAAUACCGCACAUGAAUGAGGCCUCGCUGACCAUCUUAUGCAUCUGCCUCAUCAGGCCUCUGGAGGCAAGCUUGUCUGACAGUGAUCCCCAUGCACAUGUGUGACAAGCCGUCUUCGGUUACCAAGUUUAUUUUUAGCCCGUUAACGGCCUCAAUCCAACUCUGGGGAAUGCCAUAAGGGCACAAGGCUUUUCCUCCUUCUCGUCCCGACUUAGUCACUCUCUCUCUCUCCUCUGAGAGGAGCUAACAGCUUCUCCUUCACACUUUCUUAACAGACUGGAGCAAUGAACGAAAGUCCCUUGGAAGUGCUGACUUUGCCUACUUCUCCAUACCCCGACCAGAGGCCUGGAACCAACGGCCUGAGGAAGAAGACCCAUGUUUUCCAGUCUAAAAAGAACUACCUGCACAACUGCAUUCAAUGCAUUUUCUCUUCCAUUGACCUGCGGGACAGGCAGGGCUCCACUGUGGUGGUGGGUGGAGAUGGACGCUACUUCAAUUCAACUGCCAUACAGGUCAUAGUGCAGAUGGCUGCUGCUAACGGGGUGGGUCGUGUUGUGAUCGGUCAGAAUGGCAUCAUGUCGACGCCGGCUGUGUCGUGUGUGAUCAGAAAGAUCAAAGCUAUUGGUGGCAUUAUUCUUACAGCCAGUCACAACCCUGGAGGGCCUGACGGAGACUUUGGCAUCAAAUUCAAUACUGCUAAUGGAGGUCCAGCACCAGAGGCUGUCACAAAUAAAAUCUUCCAACUGAGCAGAACCAUAGAGGAGUUUGCCAUCUGUCCUGAACUAAGAGUCGAUCUGGGGACUAUUGGAAAGCAGUCCUUCGACCUGGAGAACAAAUUUAAACCUUUUACAGUGGAAAUUGUGGAUCCAGUUGAAUCCUAUGCCAACUCAUUAAGGAACAUCUUCGAUUUCGCUGUUCUAAAGGAGCUUCUAUCAGGAGACAACCACAUACAAAUCCGUCUAGAUGCCAUGCAUGGAGUGACUGGGCCGUAUGUAAAGAAGAUCCUUUGUGAGGAGCUGGGCUCCCCUGCAAAUUCAGCCGUUAACUGCGUACCUCAGGAGGACUUUGGAGGCUGCCACCCAGACCCCAACUUGACCUAUGCUGCUGACCUUAUUGAGACAAUGAAGAGCGGACAGUAUGAUUUCGGAGCUGCUUUUGAUGGUGACGGUGACCGUAAUAUGAUCUUAGGGAAGCACGGCUUCUUUGUGAACCCCUCCGACUCAGUUGCCGUCAUUGCUGCGAACAUCUUCUGCAUUCCGUACUUUCAGCACACAGGAGUAAGAGGCUUUGCUAGGAGUAUGCCCACCAGUGCCGCUCUGGACAUGGUGGCCAGAGCCACCAAGAUCCAGCUAUAUGAGACCCCAACUGGGUGGAGGUUUUUUGGGAGCUUGAUGGACGCAGGUCGUCUCUCACUGUGUGGGGAGGAAAGCUUUGGCACAGGUUCAGAUUACAUUCGGGAGAAGGAUGGGCUCUGGGCAGUGCUAGCAUGGCUGUCCAUUCUAGCAGCGAGGAAGCAAAGUGUAGAAGAUAUUAUGACAGACCACUGGAAAACCUACGGGAGGAACUACUACACCAGAUUUGACUAUGAGGAAGUGGAUUUAGAUGUGGCUGUGGAGAUGAUGUUGGAUCUGGAGCUGAUGAUUUCAGACAGGGCAUUCAUUGGGCAAGUGUUUAUUGUGGGGGAAAAGAAAUACCAAGUGGAGGCGGCAGACAGUUUUGAGUACAGUGACCCUGUGGAUGGAACCAUUUCAAGAAAUCAGGGUUUGCGGAUCAUUUUUAAAGGAGGUUCUCGCAUAAUCUUUCGUCUCAGUGGGACCGAUAGUUUCGGAGCCACGGUUCGUCUGUAUAUCGACAGUUAUGAGAAAGAUAUAAACAAGCUCUUUCAGGACCCACAGGUGGCGCUGGCGGAGCUCGUCACCAUUGCCCUGCAGCUUUCGCAUAUACAUGAAAGAACCGGUCGAAGAGGCCCUACUGUUAUUACAUGAUUGUGUUAAAUGUCAUUUUUACAUUUUAAUUUUUUUAAACAUUGCUUUUAGCGAGAAGUAUAAUUGCAGCAUUUUCUCGCAUUAUCACAAAGAGGUGGUGCGCAGACAUUCUCGCAUCUCUUACCGUCACCACUUGUCUUAUGAAUAUUAAUUACGUCAUUUGACGCUCCAGGAAGGUUACCGAGCAACGUGCCCAUGACGCAAUUAAUAUUCAUGAGUUAAACACAACGAAAGCUUUAUUCGUGAACGUGCUGCCCAACAACGACUUGCACUCAUAAACAAGCCCUGAUCUGAAGUGGGAGUGUAAUAUUCUGGAUGAAAUAAUUGUGAAACGAGACGCAGCUGUGACUGACAGGUAACUGAUUUUAUAAAACGGUAAAAUGUGCUAUUCCAGCACUGAUUGAGUGCAAAUGAUUCAUUCGUUACGGGUUUUGAUGUAAAGUCCUUAAAAGAGUUGGGUAAACUUGCUUAAAUUAGACAUUGUCGUGAUAUUGUUAUAUAAAUUUGAUACUGUAUGAAUGUCUGUGUAAAUGGUUUUGCGCAGUUGUCUGUCUCUUUUAUUUUAUGCAGCAAAUUCUGAAUAAAUAUUAUCUUGGUUAACAUUAAUUUACUCAGUUAUGUAUUCAUGACACAGGCAUUGGGCUCAUACCCUGUAGGUUUUAUGUUUUUUUAAAAAAUGUACCUUUAAAUGGAAAUAGAUAAUGUGACCCAAAAACUGCAUCCGGGAUAUUAUUACACAAGUGGUAACGAAAUCUCUUCUGAAGCGUCAUGUUACAGGCAACAUGCACAUAUAUUGUUAUACAGCAGCCUAAUUCACACUCAUUUUCAACUGUUCUCUUGGCUGCUGCUAAAUAAAUUAGUAACAAUGGAAGCUUAUGACAUGUUGUGCUGCUCAUCAACACAAGUCAUUAAGAAGAGUCAGGAGCUGGAGGACGCUGUUGAAGGUGUGGGGCUGAAGUCAAGGGAGAGGCAAGACCAUCAAUCUUCAGACUCUUUUCCUGUCUAGUUUUGUAAUAAAUAUCAUAAAAAUAUAGGCUUUGUAAACAAACCAUCUCCUUUUUUUUUUUUACGAGACACGUGUGUAGAAUUGCCUUUGAGGAGUACCUCAGCAUAUGGAUGAAAAUUGCCACCACUAACCCAGAACUUCUGAUGGGAAGCGAAUAUUCAGAUGAAUUCAUCAAAUGUACAGAGAGAUGUGCACUCUGGUCAAACGGGAA